AUGUUCCGUUACAUCUCCGGCGCCAACGGCAACUCCGGCGACGACGCCCUCCUCUCCGAGGAUGGCGGAAUCAACGUGAGGUCGCUCCCCGAGGACGUCCAGGCCGUGUUCGCGGAUAUCGACGCCAACGGCGACGGAGUCCUCGACAUGGAGGAGUUCAAGACCAUGCUCAGCACCUACGCGGUCCUGCGCAGGUCGAACCAGGAGGGCUCCGUCUCCAUCUCGACCCUCCCCGACAAGGUACAGCCCGCGCUGAAGGUGUUCGACCAGGACGGCGAUGGCACCGUCGACCCCAAGGAGCUCAUGCGCGCCGCGGAGAUGUACCAAGCCUCCAAGAAGUCCCAGCGACGCAUGCGCAAGUUCAUCAUCGGUCUCGUGCUCUUCGUCGUCGCGCUCAUCGGCAUCAACAGCGCCAUGACCUUCAUGAUGGUCGAGAUCGCCAAGGAGACCAAGGCUUCCCCCGACGGCGUGAUGCGCGUCAACGCCGGCGGCGGCCACCAAGGCGCCGUCGUGAAGACCGCCGCCAACGGGGAACCGUCGCCGCUGACCUCGGGUCUACCGGACGCCGCGUUCGCGCAGCUCAAGCAGUUCCAGGUUGACUCUCCCACCGGCGCGCACGUCUCACUCGUCGUGCAGGGCUGGUACCGCGUGCCCUCCCCGAUUGCCACCACCGGCAGCGUCGUCAAGAUCAUGACCGCCGCCGGCUUCAUCAUCCUUGAUGGAACCGACAUGACCUUCGAGGAGACGGUCGGUACCGUCUUCUCCGAAGCUGGAUUCGAUGUCAUGGGCCGAAAGCUCCUCGGCAUGUACGAGAUCGUCGGCAUCUUCAACUCCAUCGACGACUGGACCGGCCUCGGCGAGGAGGAGAAGAAACCCGGGUUCGGCAAGCACGAUUUCUACAUGGAGUACAGCACCCUCAACAAGUGCGUGAUGGAAGUCGGCGCGGAGAAAUCAUGCGUCGACAUGUACAACAACACGCACGGCGCCUACGUCCAGAUCGAUGGCGAGCACUACAUCAAGAUCGACAGCACCAUCCUCAUGGACGUGGACACCAACAUCGCAAUGGAAAGCCACUAUUACGCGGAGUUCCAAGCGACGAUCGAAGAGAUGAAGUCCCCCACGCGUCGCGUCAAAGCCCAGGCGGUCGCGUACAACGUAUCGUACGAAGGCGAUGAGGAAGAAGAGGAGAUGUUCUACUGUAAGGAAGUCCACACUGGCGAUGACUCAUCCGUGUGGAACGUCACCAACGCCGAAAAAGUUGGCGAGACCGAAGAUGCCGACGGGCGCACCAUCAGAGAGUUCGUCAUCACCACUCCGCUCACCUCGCUUCAGCACGACUUCAUCACCGGCUUCGAUGAAAGCAUCCCCUACACCGGCACCACUGAGGUCAAGUACUGGGACGAUAAAGCGACUGGCUACCCCGUGAAGUUCAGCUUCGGCGGUAAGGAUUUCGUCGUGACCAAGUACGUCGAGGACGAGAUCGACCUACCCGAGCCCGAUGAAUGGCAUGUCGCGGACGAAUGCUUCAACAUGAAGCCUGCCGAUGCGCUGCACGACAAGACACUGCCAACCCCCGUGCCCGCCAACCCUUACCGCUUCGAUAACCGACGCCGAUUGCGCGACGAGUGCGAGGCUGAGGGUGGCUGCUACAGCUCGGAAGACGUUUCUUCGCAGCCAUAUUGCAUAAACGGCACAUGUCUCAACACCACCGAAAUCGCAGAUAUUUACAACAGCACCGCCUACGACACACAGGGUUCGGGACGAAAGCUCCUGCAGAGUACAGGGUUCAUCCAACACGAUGAUACAGUCCUCAUAUAUAACCACCGUUUUGGUGGCGGACUUCUCAAGAUAUCAAACAGUGUGAGUAGUGGCAAGAGAUGGUUAGACUUCAAUAAAGGGAAAACGUAUACAAAGAAUUUGGAAGCUGCCUCAAAAUCAAGUGUCCCCUGGGGAGAUCAUUAUUUCAAGGUGAAGGACCUCGGCGGUGGAGAAGUGGCGUUCUUCAAUGACGCUCGCAAAAAGUACAUGAGAUUGCUUGAAUGCAACGGGGGAAAGCUGUCCACCGGUUCUACCUCUCACAGCUGGACGAAUUUACCAGACUCUUGGUAUCACGAAAGAUUCCGUCUCGUACCUCUUUCAAACACCGGAAGACUCAAUGUGAGAAAUCCUGAGUACACUUACUUUGGGCUAUACGCUGACAAAUGUGGAUCAUUCGUUCGAAUAGACGCAAACGGUAACGUUGUCGGUAUUCAGAAGGAUAUGGAUAAAGUGGGCGACAAUGAUUUAUCUUUUAGAUUUGCCUUCAAAGUACUGACUCGAUCCGGGCCCACACCCCUGUCAGGUAACUGCAAUAACGCCGAAACCUGCCGGAAGGGUUGCAGUGGAAAUGCGUGUCCGGGUGCUGCCUUGACCCAUUCAAUCGCAUUUCCCCCCGAAGCUUUGAAGCCCCGGGUUCAGUUCGGCAUCGAAUUCUGGCACAGAGGAUGUGGUGUCAAAGGCAUGUCCCUGUCUGGGAGCUGCGGCACGGCUACUUGCGAGGUUGGCGGCACCUUCGAUGGCCCCGACGUGUGUUGCAGCAAUAAUAAAUUCUGCGGUCCAGGCGGAAGCGUCUACGGCCUUAUCAGCCAGGACCUCCUCGAUCUCAUCCAAGGAUCCGAUAAAGCUGACAAAAUAAAGCAAAAACUUGAAGAUCUCGGCGUUUCUGGGUCCCUCUCAAUGAUCCUGUCCUACUACAAACCCGCAGGUAGAAGUGGGGCAAUCACGCUGGCAAUUGUCGGUGAGGUCGAAGCUUCUUUCCGCCGCCGGAAACUUCUCUCCAUCGAAUCCGCUGACGAAGGUGACGAGGGCCAGGUCGCCCUGACAUCGUACGAUGCCCACGGCAGAAAGGUCGUGUGGUUCAAAAAGACGCUCAAGAAGGCCAAAAAGUUUGCCAAAAAGGUAACCAACGUUGUAAAAAGCGCCGCUGAAUCGUUUGUCGAACAGUUUGGAUUCACAAACGGUGUUUUCCUGUCCGUCUCUGGCUACGCCGAGUACGAUUUCGACUCCGAAAGCCUGGGCGUCGGCGCCACAAUCGAAGGCCAGGCGUGUCUACUCAACAUAUGCGGCGACUUUGCCGUGGAAGUUGCCUCGUGA